UGCCGCGGCUCGACCCAAGAAGUCAGUCACAGCAGCUCAGCCAUCCAAGAGAUACUCAGAUUUCAGCCAAGCUAAAGGAUAAAUAACCCAAGAUGCAUUUGAUGAAGGGACUUUUGAUCGUGGCGUGCCUGGCUGCCUUUGCCAGCGCCAAGCCCCAGAACUUCCAGAUCUUCGGUCGCCAGCGAGAUGAGCCCGCCGCCCAAGGACGCCUGAGCGCCACUCAGCUGACCGAUCUGCUGAACAGCCUGAAGGGCAGCAGCUCCUCCACUACAGCAGCUCCCACUACCACCACCGUGCCCACCACCUCCACGAUAACGACCACGCCAACUGGACCCACCACCUCAACCGGCACAUCGACCAGCACCACCACUCCCACCACCUCCUCGCCCACUGGAACCAGCACAGGUCGCCAAUUGGAGCCGCUCGAUGAACAGGAGGACGACGACGAGGAGGAGCAACAGUUGGGCCACCAUCAGCGCUUCCAGCUGGAUGACCAGAACGACGACGAGGAGGAGCAUAACCAGGUGGCCCGCUCGCAGGCCAACCGCCGUCGCCAGGUGAACGCCCGCCGUCAGCGUCAGCGUCUGCAGCAGAAGUACCGCCGCCGCCAGCAGCAGCAGCGUCGCCGUCGCCAGCAGCAGCAGCAGAAGCGUCGCCAGCAGCAGAAGCGUCGCCAGCAGCAGCGUCGCAGGAGGCAGCAGAACCAGAAGCGCCGCCAGCGCCGUAACCGCCGCACCAACAUGCGCCUGGUCAGCCGCUUCCGCCAGAGCACCCCCAACCGGAACCGCGUCAUCCGCAUCGCCGCCUAAGGCGGGGAUUUCCCGGAAACCGAUUUGAAACGACACUGAAUAAAUUGCAAUGAUAUAAU